AUGGAAUAUCUUUCAAGGAGAUUGCUAAAAGAAGCUUCGGAGAAGACAUUCAAAUUCCACCCUAUGUGCAAAAGUCUCCAGUUGAUUAGUCUGUGCUUUGCAGAUGACCUUAUUCUGUUUAGCAAGGGCACUGUUUUGGCGGCCCACCAUUUGAAGAUUGCCUUGGGUUGUUUUUCUGAAACUACAGGUUUAUUUCCUAACAAGGAUAAAUCUCUAGUGUAUUUUGGGGGUGUUAGUUUGCUUGAAAAAGAGAUGAUCUUGGAUGACUUACAAUUUAGUGAGGGCUCUUUUCCUCUCAAGUAUCUUGGGGUGCCCCUUAGACCAACUAAGUGGAGGCGGGAGGACUGUGAUGCUAUUAUAAAGAAGAUAAAAAUGCGGCUGGUCACUUGGGCAACAAAACACUUAUCUUAUGCGGGGCGUAUUCAACUUAUUCAUUCGGUGUUGUUUGGUCUUCGUAACUAUUGGAUGAGUAUUUUUAUCCUUCCGCAAAGUGUUAUAAAGGAGGUUGAGAGGCUUUGUAGGGGCUUUCUUUGGGGAGUUAAGGGGGACCGAAGUAAAAUUCAUUUGGCUUCUUGGGAUAAGGUUUGUCUUCCCAAGUCGUUUGGUGGUCUCGGGUUCAAGAAUGGUGCCUCUUGGAAUCGUUCUAUUCUUGGGAAGUUUGUUUGGGCUAUUAUGGAUAAGCAUGACAUUCUUUGGGUCAAAUGGGUCAACAAUAUCUAUCUGAAAGGUGCUGAUUUUUGGGAUUAUGAGCUGAGAGGGGAUGUAAGUUGGUAUUGGAGGAAACUUUGUCAUCUGAGAAAUCACUUCAGCAAGCCUAUGGUGACAGCAGCGGUUAGGAAAGGUAAAUAUGUUGCUGCAAGAUUGUAUUUGGGAUCAAUAACUCUGAAUAUUGAUAGUUUUUACAAUUCUAUAUGGUGUAAUUUUGCUCUGCCCAAGCAUAGAUUCAUCUUAUGGCAGGUGGUUCAUGGACACUUGUUAACUAGAGACAACUUUCACAAGUUUCACAUUGAUUUAGUCUCUACUCUCUGCCCAGUAUGUGGGAGCGAAGAGGAGAGUCACCAUCACCUUUUUUUCUCUUGUUGUGUCUCUAGGGAAGUGGUGAGGAGGAUUUUUGAUUGGUGUGGUAUUGCUGCUUGGUCGCUGGACUAUAAUAGGUGGCGUUGUUGGAUCUCUAACAGGAUUUCUGGUGUGGUUAAUGUGCUCUUUGCUGCCACUGUUUAUUUGAUUUGGAAAAAUAGGAAUUAUUGUGUGCAUAAUAGUAGUUGUUUAACCAUUUUGAAGAUUGUAAAUGAGAUUAAAGAUUUAGUCAAAUACAGGUUGUAUAGUCUAAAGAAUAGGAAGUUUUUUCAAGCUGAAAAAGGCAUGUUUUUACGCCUUAUGUUGUAG